AACUAAAAGUGGUAUACAUCAACAAAUCAACUAACCCACGUCAACAAUAAUGAAGAUGGUACUCAAACAAAAGUCUCAUUUUCUAAGUUUGAUCUUCUAUUAUCUACUCUUUUUGAAGUUCAUGAGUGCUGCUGAUGCUGGGAACAUAGCUGAAUCAGAACAAAUGUUCAUCAAAUACAACGAUCUUAAGAUUGGAAAGGAAACACCCGUUUACUUUGGAGGUCUAUUUUCUUCAGAAACCCCAAAAUUUCUCCCCAGAGAAAAGGCAAAUCUAAUCCCUUUCUCAUCCCAAAAACUACCCGUUAUUCUUCAGUAUUUUGGGUUUAUUCCAGAAUCUUCUCAAGCUCAAUCUGUGGAAAGCACUUUAAAACAGUGUGAAAUGAAAGAUGAAGAAGCAAUAUGUGUGAAUUCCAUGGAAUCAAUGAUUGAUUUCGUUAGCGGAAUCUUCAAAAAUAGAGAAGAAAUAGCACUGAAAAUGAUGAGUACAAGCCCACUUCCAGAAACUUCUAGAAGACUGCAAAAGUACAAGAUAAUGGAAGAACCGCAGGAAAUAGAAAGUGGGAAAGUGGUGGAAUGUAUAAUGUUGCCGUAUCCAUACUCGGUUUAUCAGUGUUAUUUAUUCGCAGGAUCUGAUUACAAAGUGUUGAAAGUAAAAUUGAAGGGUGAAGAUGGAGUGAAAAUGGAAGCCAUGGUUAAUUGUCAUAUGAAUACAUCGGGUUGGGAUCCAAAUGAUGGAGCCCUGCGUGUUUUAGGGUUAAAACCAGGGGGUUCUCCGGUUUGUCAAUUUCUGUCUUCAAAUGAUAUGGUUUGGUUUCCUGCUUCUGCUCUUGAUUCAAAUGCUUGAUUAGUUUGAAUAUCAAGUCAAGUCCCUUGUAAUGUGUACUCCACUUCUAAGCGUAUAUUAAAUGAAUAAAAGACCCUUUUAUGGGUUGGUUGUCUA